AUGGCGCCACAGAACGAAAGGAGCUCUCUUAAACGCAGUAGGGUUAGCACAGACCACGAUUCACAAGAUUUGAAAAAGCAGCGGCGCUCCCAGAGAACCACAACCCAAGAUCAAUCUCAGACUACGCCGGUGAAUCAGUCCUAUUUACCUACGCCUCUGACCCAACAAAAUUCUACCACGACGGACGUUACGAAAGAAGUCACGGCUUCACCUGGUGAUUCUAGCCAGGUGCGCUGCCAAACACCGCUCAAUUCAGAUUCCCUCCAAACAUGUUCGUCUCCUCCUGGUGAUACGCAAGUUCAAUCACAAUUUGUAUACCCACCUAGAGCAUUUGCCGACGAAGUCGAGGAUGAGGCUGCUGAGGGGGUAUGGGGAUAUCUCAUCCCGCUUAAUGAAAAAGUUCGGAGGCCCCUUGUUCUGAGAAAACGUGACAGUUGUGAAGGCCUUGCGGAUGCGAAGUCCAAGGGCAAGACUGGGAAAGCGACUCGACGGCAAGAUAAAUCAUCGGAGGACAAACAAGUGAAAAGCCAUCCUCCUGGCGGUUACUUAAUUGGUCGCCAUCCGGAAUGCGACUUGGUGAUUAACGUCCCCACUAUAUCUAAUCGGCAUUUCUUGAUCUUCCCAGAAAACAAAAAGGGUGGAUCGGUUGCGAUAAUGGAGGAUCUGUCCAGCAAUGGUACUUUUAUUAAUGACGCAAUCGUUGGGCGGAACAAGCAUCGCGAACUUGAAGACGGGGAUGAAGUCACUAUUUUGGAUGAAGCACGGUUUGUUUUCAGGUACCCUCGCACAAGGGAAACAAGCGGGUUCCGCCAGCAAUACAGGCUUCUUCAACAACUUGGGAAAGGCCACUUUGCAACAGUCUACCUCUGUGCAGAACGAUCUACAGGAGCGCAAUAUGCCGUUAAGGUUUUUGAGAAACGUCCUGGAGAUUCUCAGAAGUCCCAGGUGGACGCUUUACAGCAAGAAAUAGGACUGUUGAUGGGCGUUAGCCACCCAAAUCUACUAUGCCUUAAAGACACCUUCGACGAGAGUGAUGGUGUAUACCUCGUUCUGGAACUUGCUCCAGAAGGGGAACUCUUCAACUUGAUCGUUAGCAAGCAGAAGUUUUCGGAGACGGAAACGCGCGAUUUAUUCGUUCAGCUUUUCGAAGGGUUAAAGUAUCUGCAUGAUCGUGGAAUCGUCCAUCGGGAUAUAAAACCUGAAAAUAUUCUUGUUGCAGACAAUGAGCUGACUGUGAAGCUCGGUGAUUUUGGCCUUGCGAAGAUCAUUGGGGAAGACUCAUUUACAACAACACUAUGCGGAACGCCAAGCUACGUGGCACCAGAGAUAUUACAAGAUUCCCGCCGCCGAAGAUACACGAAAGCUGUGGACAUCUGGUCCCUUGGCGUUGUUCUCUACAUAUGCCUUUGUGGAUUUCCUCCUUUCUCCGAUGAGCUUUAUACUGCCGAGAGCCCGUACACUUUAGCGCAGCAGAUCAAGAUGGGUCGCUUUGAUUACCCAUCUCCUUACUGGGAUUCUGUGGGCGACCCGGCUCUAGACCUCAUAGACAAAAUGCUCACCGUUAAUGUCGACAAGAGAAUCACAGUGGACGAAUGCCUAGAACAUCCAUGGCUUACUGGGAAAUACCCUAGUGUUUCUGACAGCACUGAUGGGCUAACUGGAGCUUUGGGAAAACUGGACUUUUCGAAACGAAAAAUCGCACGGGAGCGCACACUCCUUAGCAGUGUCAACGAUGUCCAUUUCAGUGAGCACUUGGAGGAAGGUGCUAUUCCGAUUAAAGUUUUCCAUAAAAAUAACGCCGGAAAACGUGUACACAACAGGCCUGCCAAAGCCCAGAAACGUGAAAUGUCACCUGACGAAAAUAGUGCCCCUAAUGAUUUUGUUAACCUUGGAGAGCGUGGGGAUCCAGUGUUAUUCAAAGAAGAUCCCGCCAGUCAGUACAAAUGA